AUGCCCAAAGUAGCCAUCGCAGGAGGAUCCAGCCCAACGCUGGGCGCAUCUAUCCUCGCCGCCCUCAACACGCACAAGUGGACCCCGGUCAUCCUCUCCCGUCAAACCAACAACCCCAAACCAUCACCCCCAGGCAUCGAAACCCGCUAUGUGGACUAUACAUCCCAUACAUCUCUCGUCGCCGCACUCAAAGACAUCGACACCGUUCUCAGCGUGGUGCUCAUCCCCGGCCCAGAAACAAUCACCUACCAGCUCAACCUUCUCAACGCCGCGAUAGAAGCAGGCUGUCGGCGGUUCGCGCCGUCCGAGUUUGCCAUGUGCGAGCGGGCCCAGGCACAGGUUGACUUGUUACAGCCGAAGAAUAUCGUCUGGGAGGCAGUCAAGGCCAAGGUUGAAGAAGGGCUGAUCGACGCAGCGCGGUUCCCAUGCGGCAUGUUCAUGAAUUACCUGGCGAUUGGGAUUGGAGGCGAACAAGAAAAAGUGGCACGAGCCGGGUUCGCUGAGGGGGCUUUCCUCGUGCACUUGGACGCUGAGCCGGCGUAUGUGGUCGUUCCUGUGAGAGCAGAUGGAUCAGCGCCGUCGCUUACGUUGACGGAUAUCCGGGACGUGGGGAGAUUUGUGGCUGCUGCGCUGGAGAUGGAGGAAUGGGGGGGAAGGGAGUUGGGGAUGGCGGGUGAUACCCUCGGGUUUGAGGAAUUGAUUAGGCUUUGUGAGAGGUAUACCGGUAAGAAGGUCGAGGUGCGCCGGGUGACGUUGCAGCAGCUGGAAGAUAGAUUAAAGGAGAUUCCUGAUGGAGAUAUGCUUAAGCGGAUGGACUGUCAGAUAGCCAUGGCCUGCGCGAGAGACGGGUCGGUGGUGCCGGGGGUGUUGAACGAGGUGUGCAACGUCCAGCCGGUCAAGGUGGAGGAAUUCCUGCGUAAGUACUGGAGAUAG